GUCAGAUGCGGACGGGACUGUGGCCGGCCGGGAUUGAGGCAGCCACGGCCAGACCGGGCGGAGAGUCCCCUGUAAGCCAGCCGGCAAGGCGGGUCCCCCGGGAGGAGCAGGAUGCAGCCCCACCUGGCGCUGAUGUGCUUGGCUGUCUUCGGGGGAGUUCUGCCGGCGUCGGCUCGCCCAGAGCCCAGGAGGCGGCAGCAGAUGGACCCCGGGCGGUGUGAGCUGCCCCGAUCGCAAAGAGACCUGAACUCCUUCCUCUGGACAAUCCGAAGAGACCCCCCUGCCUACCUGUUUGGUACCAUCCAUGUGCCUUACACCCGUGUGUGGGACUUUGUCCCCGACAAUUCCAAGGUUGCUUUCCAAGCUAGCUCCAGUGUGUACUUUGAGCUGGACCUCACUGACCCUUACACCAUCUCAGGCCUGGCUAGCUGUCAGUUGCUACCCCAUGGGGAGAACUUGCAAGACGUGCUUCCCCGGGAUCUUUAUCACCGCCUCAAACGCCACCUUGAGUAUGUCAAGCUGAUGCUGCCUCACUGGAUGACCCCGGAUCAACGGGGCAAAGGGCUCUACGCCGAUUACCUCUUCAAUGCUAUUGCUGGAAACUGGGAGCGCAAACGGCCCGUCUGGGUGAUGCUCAUGGUCAACUCCCUCACUGAGACAGAUAUCCGUUCCCGUGGAGUGCCAGUACUGGACCUCUACCUGGCUCAGGAGGCUGAGAGGAUGAAGAAGAGGACUGGAGCUGUGGAGCGGGUGGAAGAGCAAUGCCAUCCUCUGAAUGGACUGAACUUCUCCCAGGUGCUGUUUGCUCUGAACCAAACACUGCUACAACAUGAAAGCCUUCGAGCCGGCAGCUUACAAGCUCCUUACACCACCGAAGAUCUCAUCAAACACUACAACUGUGGAGAUCUCAAUGCUGUCAUAUUCAAUCAUGACACUUCACAGCUCCCUAAUUUCAUCAACACAACCCUUCCUCCACAUGAGCAGAUUACAGCACAAGAGAUUGACAGCUAUUUCCGGCAGGAACUCAUCUACAAGAGGAAUGAGAGAAUGGGGAAAAGAGUGAUGGCCCUAUUAAGAGAGAACACUGACAAGAGUUUCUUCUUUGCCUUUGGAGCAGGUCACUUCCUGGGCAACAACACUGUUAUUGAUGUGCUGAGACUAGCCGGAUUUGAAGUGGAGCAUAUACCUGCAGGACAACCAAUAGAAAACUCCAGAGCAAACCUCAAUCCAUCUUCAAAGAGCUCCUCUGCAACAGCUGCACCUACCAUCAAUUAUUUUGAACACGUACAGCCAUCUUCGUCUUCAAUACCCCCUCAUUCCAGUGAAGAAGACAGCCUUCCUCCACACCUCCUACUUCCAGACAGCAUCAGUCAGCUGGAGGAGUUUGGACGACAGAAGAAGUGGCACAAGAAGCAGUAUAAGAACCAUCGCCAAAGACAAUUCAACGACCUCUGGGUCCGGAUAGAGGAUGGCACAACAACCAUGCCCUCCCACAUCAGGAUAACGAAUGGAUACAUCUCAGUCAACCCAUCCAUUUGGUUUGCAAACCAGCUGGACCAGCAGCCACAGCCAGACCCGGCAUUCCGCCAUCAUCUCAAAAGCUCAACCACAGGCAGCACCCUAGCAGCACCUUUAACUGUUUCUGUUUGUGUGGCAAUGGCUUUUUCCCUGUUGGAUCUACUGAAUCCUUCCUGACAAAACAAGGAUUAUUAAGUGCAAUAUCCGGAAAAGAGAAGAAGGUUAACAUUCCAUCUGAUCAUAUAUGUUCUCAAUGAAUUGUUUCACCUGGCCCUUCCAAGCAAAGGAAUGGUAGCAACUCUAACUGGUAUAUGUCUCUCUUGCCCAGAUAUGAUUUUAAAACUCUAAAGCUUUAUUUUGUACAUUGACUUAACAUCUUCUUUUUG